AAACGGCACCUCUGUUACCACAGAAGCAGGUACAUACGACGGCCCCGAAGUUUCAUGUCGUGCGUAUCCGGAACCAUCGAAGGGGGCAGACUUUAACGGGAGCACACUGUGUAAAGAUGGCUGACGUACCAGAUAAUGCUCCAGAACAUUGUCCAGGUACAACAAGUGAGCAAGCAGGAAAGUCAGCGUCAUGUCAGGGCUGCCCCAACCAGAAGCUGUGUGCUUCUGGAGCCACCAAGGCUCCCGACCCUGCCAUAGCAGAGAUAGGAGCGAAGCUGUCAACAGUCAAACACAAGAUCCUUGUGUUGUCUGGAAAAGGAGGAGUAGGGAAGAGCACCUUCAGUGCUCACCUGGCCCAUGCCCUGACAAGUGACAGCACAAAGGAGGUUGCCCUGCUGGAUGUAGAUAUCUGUGGUCCAUCCAUUCCAAGGAUCAUGGGAUUGGAAGGAGAACAAGUUCACCAGAGUGGCUCAGGCUGGUCUCCUGUGUAUGUGGAUGACAACCUGGCGGUCAUGUCUAUCGGCUUCCUGCUCAGUAGCCCCGAUGAUGCUGUGAUCUGGAGAGGACCCAAAAAGAAUGGGAUGAUCAAGCAGUUUUUGAGGGACGUUGACUGGGGGGAGCUGGAUUACCUCAUCGUGGAUACCCCCCCCGGCACCUCUGACGAACACCUGUCAAUUGUCCAGUACCUUAGCUCCACCCACGUUGAUGGAGCUGUCAUAAUCACCACACCGCAGGAAGUGUCCUUGCAGGAUGUGCGAAAGGAGAUCAGAUUUUGCCAGAAAGUCAAGCUGCCAAUCAUUGGAGUGGUGGAGAACAUGAGCGGCUUUAUCUGUCCUAAAUGCAAGAACACAUCACAGAUCUUCCCUCCCAACAGCGGAGGCGCCGAGCAAAUGUGUGCGGAUCUAAAUCUGCCUCUGUUAGGUAAAAUACCUCUAGACCCGAGGAUAGCACGAAGCUGUGACGAGGGCAAAUCUUUCCUCUCUGAAGUACCUGACUCUCCGGCUGCUAAAGUCUACCAGAGAAUAGUGCAGAGUAUCCAGGACUACUGUUCCAACCGUGUGACAGAAGAGCAGAGCACUACCUGAAGACACUCCUGAUGGGGCCCAUAUAGAAUGACAACGCUGACACGGAUCACAUGGAACACACAUCAGUAUUGCCUUUUUUAUCAGUGCUCGUCAGAAUUUUAUCAGCAACAACAUCAUUGUAAUUGAUGACAGGCAGCAGCUUCGAUAUGAGGUUGGUGAGCUGGCCAAAUAAGCACUUGGGCCCAGUUUCGAAUAUCGAUUCCUGCAUUACAACUCGUUCCUCGUGAAGACGUAAAUCUCUAAAAACAGGUCACAAAUAUAUACUUUCAAUUUCAAGACAGGUUAAAUAAUUUCCUAAAACAGCUGGGCACCAGCAAGUUUUUACCAAACGUUACCCUUAACAGGAGUGAUUAGUACAUUUGCUCGGGACUCUUCUCAGCUGUGGAUUAAUACACAAUUGCUCAAGUGAGUGUUCACGGCUGCAGAAUAGUGUUUGCGAUAUUGGCUCAAAAUAAACUGCAGUAAUAGUAGUGGUAGUGAAAGAACAUGCCACCCAGUGCAGUGGUGUGGCUUAUUGAUGUGUUUUAAUAUUUUUUGGACAUUAGAGAGACAGAAAGUGUCCCCACAGAGAGUGCUUGGCUGUGGGAUCAAUUCAUUUUUGGUUUUAGUCUUUUUAUGGGAUAUGUUGAAAAUAAGAAAUACAGAAUAUCACUUGGCUUAUCCUUAUGUAAAUUCGGGUACAGGUGGGGGAUCUGUGCAGUACCAGAGGCUCGGGUAAAAUCACACAUAAAUAAACAUCCUUUACAAGAUGAAAACUGAUCAAUUUUCUUCCCCAAGUACCAUCUAGUAUUUGGGGAAGUUAAAAACCUUGAUGAUGUAUUAAUUCGAGCAGUGGUGACAUUUAAACAGUUCCUUAAAGGACAUUUUUGCUGCCGAGAAUUGUGUUUGUGGAUCCGUUGGCCCUCGUUGUCACUGUUUGCAAUGAAUCAAUAGUACGCAGGAAGAGAGUUAAAUGAUGGCACCAAUAGCUGGCAUUUUAACCCAGGUAGGCUACCAGUUGACAAAGUCCUCUGAAUACAGAGCACAGUAUCAGCAGCGUUUUAUGAAAUUUUGGCUUCUCAUUUGAUUUUGCUUCUUCAGUGAUUGUAAUCAUUCCACCUUCCAAAUCAGCAGAGUUUUGUAGACAGAUAUUAAGCUUCUAUCUAAAGUUAAGUUUAUAUAACGAUUUGAGUAACUCUGUUUUUUCCUCAUUCAUAAUAAAUAUACCAGCAACAACACAACCUGUAAAGGUUGAUACCCUGUUUUGAAAACUUUUUUCUAUGAUUUGAUUAAUGAUUUGUUGAAAAUGUGUUUUGGAUAGAUGUUUUGUGUGAUGUACAUGUGUUGACCAAACAUGAAAUGGCCUUAAAUGAUUUUCCUAUUAAAUUUACCGAACCCUCA